AAUAAUUGGACAUGAUCAAGAUCUACUUGCGGCCUUGAUGGCGCAUGAAUUAGCGCACAUUGUUCAAAGUCAUGCCUCUGAGUUUUACGGAAUUUCAUUCAUGACCAAGGCAUUAACUAAAUUAACAAGUAUACUUGGUAAUUUGACGUUCAGUGGUAAUAAAGAUUCCAAACCAUCAAUCUUUCUACAAAAACAUUCCCAAAAGUUAGAACGUGAGGCCGAUCUAUUAGGCCAAGAGAUCAUGGCGCGUGCUGGAUAUGACCCUGCGAAGGCAGUAGAAUUAUGGGAAUUAAUGUCAUUCAUCAAGAACUCACCGGAUCUACUUGAAAAAAAUGACUAUGAAGAGAAGGUGGACACCUUUAGAUCUCAUCCGAGUGAAGAAAAUCGUGUAAAAUAUCUUAGAGAAAAUUUAACUCGUGCACGAUAUUUAUAUGAUCGAUGA